CAUUAAUUUUGUUUUCUAAAAUAAAUUAUACAUUUAUUUGAUUUGAUAAAACAUUUGAGUAUAAAAUAUUUGCACGUGAAAUGGAAAUAGCAAAAGAGUUAGUAUUGAAUUUAAAACAAGGCAAGCCAUCACAUUCAGGAUAUGGCUUGCAAAAGGAGUGCGAACUUCUCAUUAAUCACAUUUUACAAAACAUGGUGCUUUCCCAUCUACCGGAAUUAAUCCCAGAGGAAAAAAAUGAAGAGGAUUCGAUUCAAUAUAGAGAAGAAGGAGAUCAACACUUUGUUAUGGGUGAUGACGACGAAGCUAUAAAAUCUUAUACAAUGAGUUUAGCGUAUGCAAACAAUAAGGAACUUAUGUCUUAUGCUCAUGCAAAUCGAUCUGCUGCCUUAUAUAGAAAACAGAUGUUCAGGGAAUGUUUAAUAGACAUUGACGCCGCUUUAAAUCUUGGAUACCCGGAAGAAAAAAGAGAAAAGUUAAAAGAGAGAGGUGCUAAAGCGAUUGACGAAAUAAAAAAAAAGUUCGAGCUUAAAGUGAACGAGCGCGUCGAUGCGGAAUCGUUUAUGAAGUUGUGCUUAUCGGAUGAUACAAACAAUGCUCCUGUUGCUGUUAAAUAUAAGAAAGGGAGUGUGAAGCUUUCAGAAAUGGAAAACAAAAGUAUUGGCGUUAAUGAGGAUUCAAUUAACGGUUGUAAAAAAGAGGAGGAGAUACCUAAAGCUGAAGAAAAGAAACCAAGAUACUUGGCGGAUGAAGGUCCUUUGAAAUUAGCUUAUGGCCCCAGUAAAGAGGCUCCUGCUGCUAGCAAUGGUGUUGCCAUUGUCUUUUCUGAAAAGUACGGACGUCAUUUAAGAGCUACAAAAGAGUUUAAGCCUGGAGAUGUAGUAACUGUUGAAGACCCAUAUGAAUAUAUUCUUUACACACAAAGAUAUUAUACACAUUGUCAUCACUGCCUAUCGAGAAGUUAUAAUUUAAUUCCUUGCCUACACUGCCCUGUGGCGCAAUAUUGCUCGGAAAAAUGUAGGGAAUUAGCUUGGGAGAUGGCUCAUCAAAUAGAAUGUCCAAUUAUGGCGAUAAUUGGAAAUCUACUUAACGUCGAUAAAGAUAAAAUACGCAUGCUUACCAAAAUAAUUCGGUUCUUGAUCAUGGUUACAGGAAAAGGCAAAAAAAUGGAUGAACUGCGCGCAGACAUGGAAAUAGCUGAGCGUAAUCCCGGUAAAAAUGUUCAUGCUCUAUCGCUAGAAUGAAAAUAUGAAAUUAAGUUGAGCUGAAUGAUAUAAC